AUGGAAAAGUAUGAGAAGAUUGGAAAGAUUGGAGAGGGCUCAUAUGGAGUUGUAUUCAAAUGCAGAAACAAAGACACAGGCCAGAUAGUGGCCAUCAAGAAGUUUGUGGAAUCUGAGGAUGACCCUAUCAUUAAGAAAAUCGCCCUCCGGGAAAUCCGUAUGCUUAAGCAACUAAAGCACAGUAACCUGGUUAACCUAAUCGAGGUGUUUCGCCGCAAGCGCAAGCUGCACCUGGUGUUUGAGUACUGUGACCACACUGUCCUCAAUGAGCUGGACCGCUACCCACAUGGAGUUCCUGAGCACCUGGUGAAAAGCAUCACCUGGCAAACACUCCAGGCUGUCAACUUCUGCCAUAAACAAAAUUGUAUCCACAGAGAUGUAAAGCCAGAGAACAUCCUCAUCACCAAACAGCAGGUCAUCAAGCUAUGUGACUUCGGCUUUGCACGGAUCCUCACGGGACCCUGUGACUACUACACGGACUACGUGGCGACCCGGUGGUACCGGGCCCCAGAACUGCUGGUGGGGGACACACAGUACGGCCCCCCAGUGGACGUGUGGGCGGUGGGCUGCGUCUUCGCCGAGCUGCUCUCCGGCUCCCCCCUCUGGCCGGGUAAAUCAGACGUGGACCAGCUCUACCUCAUCAGAAAAACACUGGGAGAUCUGAUCCCCAGGCACCAGCAGGUGUUCAGCAACAACCAGUUCUUCAGUGGAGUAUCUGUCCCUGAACCAUUAGAGAUGGAGACUCUGGAGCAGAAAUACCCUAACCUCUCUUACCAAGCACUCAGUCUUAUGAGGGGUUGCCUGCGGAUGGAUCCAUCCGAGCGUCUGACGUGCGAGCAGCUACUUGAGCACCCCUACUUCGACAGCCUGCGCGAGGAGAGCGAGAGCGUGGCACGGGAACUCAACCGGGCCACCAAGAGACGCUCGCGACAACCCCGCACCAAACACCUGCCUCCUGGGUAUCUGCCUCAGCUAACCAGCAGUAGCAUCUUCCCUGCCCUGGACAACAGGAACAACAAAUACUACAACUUGCGCAAAUUCAACUACCACUUCCCCAACAUCUAACGCACACAUGCAUACCUUCUCCCACACAAAACGCAGAACACACCAGCACACCUACUCAGGGACUAGCCAAUGCUAUGGAGACCCCUCACUCUCACAACCUGCAGAAGAUGGUCCAAUCAGCAUGUCGGGCAGCAGAGGGGAAAGUGGCCGGCGCAGGAGUAUCCCUUCCUGUGAGAGGUUUACUUUGGUGUGGAAAAAGAAACACGGCAAACACGGUGAAACUAAGCUACCAAAAAAAAACUCUUUUCAGUCUCACUAAUACUCUUGCAAGCCAGAUUGCUAGGUUUUUAUAUCUCCUUUAUUUGGACCUGUUGUUGCCCAGGAACAGCAGUUGCGAACCUCUGCUGGACAAAAUACCAUUGACAAUGUUGAAAGGACACUCUCCAGCAGUCAUUUUAAGCAGAAGCAAGCUGGAACCCAUUAGCUGAUCAGUACCCAAGUUUUGGGUUCCUCUCUGGAGUGGUGACAUAGGCUCUAACCAAUAAGAGCAAGAGCAGGUAAUUUUAGACCCGCCGUGGCUGGGUCCAAAAAGCAUCAUCUAGGUCUAGGAAGAGACAGGCCUGACAUUCCUCAUUUCCUCAAGUGCAGUUUGAAUCUAAAGCCAUGUUUGAAAAGCUGGUGUUUCAAUAUUCCAACCACUUCAUGCAUCAUGUUCCUGUUUUACUUUUUUCUUUUCUUUGAGAAAUUGAAAUAAG